CUUCCAAUCCUGUUCAACCUCACUGAAUAAUACCAACAACCUCAUUCUUCAUAUCACGAUCUUACAUCGCGCAUUACGCGUAACUAUAUACCGAAAAUCUUCGCUCAAGACCUUACAACACUUCUAAACAUGACCACCGAACCCGUUCCGAAUACCCAGGCAUCUGCGCCGGGAGAGUCGAAGACCGCUCGCAAGAAGAAGGCCAAGGCUGAAGCUGCUGCUACAGCCAUUCCCAUCCUCGAGAAGACCGGUUCUGAGGCUGGAGCAGAGUCUUCCAACCCUGCUGGGAAAGUCAAUGGCAGCGACGGAGAGCAUGCCUACAUCAAGGAGCUUCAGAAGAACAUCCGAAAUGUUAACAAGAAGCUGAACUUGAUGCAGAAGGUCGACUCGAUAUUGGAGGCCAACGCCGGAGUGUCGCUCGAAGAACUCGUCGCUUCCCGCAAGAUCAACGCCGACCAGAAAGCGCAAGCCCAGAAGAAGCCCAUCCUCCAAUCCCAGCUUGCCCAACUCGAGGAGCAGCUCGCACAGUACAAGAAGUUCGACCAGGAAUACCAGCAGAAGAUCUCGCAGGAGAAGGAGCUUCUGCAACAAUCGCACGUAUCUGAGUUGGAGAAGCUGCGAGCAACCUUCAAGGCUGAAGCUGAGAUCGAGUCAAAGAAGGCGUUCAAGGAGAAGGCCCUCACAUUGUCUCGUUUCUUGAGGGCCGCGGCUGCUCGACGCCAAAUUCCAGACGAUGACUCUGAACUCACAAAAGCUUUCGAGGGUGCUCUGUUGCAGGUUUAUGGAGGUGAUGCUGCAGCUGUUGCUGCUGUCGAGAAGCUUAUUGAUGGCACUUCGGACAACGUCCCAUCCACAGAAGGUGUCAUCCUCGAUGUCACAUACAGCCAAGUCAAGCAGGCUGCAUUAGAUGAGGCUCCGUUCGCUGCUGAGGAAGCCUGGGUCGACAGCGUUGCAGCUGCUGGUUCCGAAGACCCACUCGCCUCUUCAACCGACCCCACUGUUGCUAACGCGGGAUUGACAGAGGUCGACACCACUGCUGCUCCUCUCAGCGGAGGUGCUGAGGCCGAUACCACCAGUGCUCCUCCAGCGGCCAGCAUCGACACUGGAGCUGCAAAUGCCGCAGCAGCAGAGCAAUGGGACAAGCAGCCUUCGUCCUCGGAUGAUCCAUUGGCAGAAUCAUUCGAGAUAGUUCCCCGUGAUCCAACGGAGACUGAGAACCCUGCUGCCCCAGCCCAGGUCAGCAGCGUUCAGAGCUGGGCUGACGACGCCCCUGAAGCAGCAGCAGCUACUGCUCCCGCGCCCGCCAACGACGGAUUCUCAGAGGUCACCCACCACCGCGGUGGAAGGGGACGAGGUGGUUUCCAGGGCGAGCGCCAUGGUUCCUUCCGGGGCCGAGGCGGUCCACGAGGUGAUGGUGGACGUGGUCGCGGACGAGGCCGUGGUCGCGGUGAGUUCCGUGGAGGCCGGGGAGGUGGCUUCCGGGGAGGACGUGGAGGAGCUGCUAGCGGCGGCGGCGAGUCUCAGUAAUUUCGAGACCGUCAUCACUGCAUUAGCUUCAGUAAAGAUGGCUUCGUCAGUGGGGCACUUUUGUAGAUUUCUUUCUACGUCCCACUUCCACCGCAUACAGCAUCUGGAUUUAAAACUGAACAAAGGCAUAACAAAUACUGGGGGACCAAUUUCUUUGUACAGCCUGAUGUAACUUCUUUUUCUGCAUAGCAUUGGAGCCUUGGGUUCCUUGGGAUGGGAAAUGGCAGCAUGGCUACUGGGGAUACGGCUGGAAUAAAAAAAGUAAAUGGCUUGUAUCAACAAUCUCU